AUGAGAGGUUUAAUACCAAUCAUAUUUUUUCUCACUACAACAACAAUUUCAAUUGCUCAAGGAUAUCAGGGUGAGUUAGACGAAUUUUGACACAAAAAUAAUAAUAAAAAUUGUCCGCGAGAAGUACACAAAAAUAAUAAUAUAUGCAUGAGAAAAGAAGAAUAGGAUAGGAAAAGACAAUACAAAUAGGAUGGCUCAAUGAGCACACGGUAUUAUGAGCAUUGUUUUUUCUCGAGAGCGUGGAGCAUGAUAUUUGAGACGAUUUUCAUGAUCUGGCUGGGUUUUGAGGUGAAAAAUUGGGAUUUUUGAGCCCGGGAGCGUUGAAUUUGGGAUUUUUGAGCUUCCCAGGUUGAAAUAGGGGAAUUUCCGACUUCUGAGAUCAAAUUUUGACGAAUUUUUGAGGUUUUUGACGUUCCGAGGUUGAAAAUUGGCGAUUUUACGACCCAGGAGUCGAAUUUUUGACAAUUUUUCGCGCUGUGAACGAAUUUUCACCAAAUUUCGUUCCCCAAACAGGUGUUUACCAUAUUUUUUCGCAUUUUUCGACUUCUGGGCACUUUUUGGACAGAUGUUCAACAGUUGUAAUCACCUCUCUAUAGAAAAUAGGGGUUUUAGCCCUCUGGGUUGUUUCUACAUGGUUUCUGGACCGUCCUACCUCGAAAAAUUAGAAUUUUUGACCUUGUGACUCAAAAAUUGUCAAAUUUUCCAAGUUUCUUGCAAAAAGUGACCCCCCCCCCUCUUCCUAUAUCAAUUUUCCGCAAUCCAUCAAUUCCGCACACCUUUUCCCUCCUCCCGAACACAAAUUCAUCAAAAAGUGUCCGUCUAUUUUCCACCCAAAAACAAAACUGAGUGAGUGAGCACAACAACUGCUCUUUUUACACCUAGAAAGUGAAAAUUUUCGCUCGAAUUUCUUCGUCCCAGGGAUAAAUUGGAAAUUAGUUAGUCAAAAAAGACGGGGAGGUCUUCUACAACAUGGAGUAAAUUACAUAUGCAUUUCACAAAAUUUUAUUUUAUUAGCACCCUCCCCGACACCAUGGCGCCAGCCAUAAUAAUUGAAUAAUAGAGGGUGCCCCAUGUAAGAAAAUGGGAUAGGAGAAGAAGAAGAAGGAACUGGUUACUUAUUUACUUGCAGCCAAUUAAACGGAAAAUGGACGUUUCAAACUGUCUUUGUUAUUGUUUUGGGGGAAAAAUUGGUUUUUUCACCAUUGAAAUCCGAAAAAUUGCGAAAUUUUGAAUUUAGAGACGAAAAAAUGGGGAUUUUUGAGCUUCCUAGGUUGAAAAUUGCCAAUUUUCGACUCAGGAGAUUAAAAUAGAGCGUUGCUCAUCUUAAACUUUCUCAAACUUUGAGUUUUCAUUGGUAAUUCUCAUGUCAAUCUUUUUUGGUUCGAAAGUUGGAGCAUUUCUCUUGAAAAAUCCAGUUUUUGACUAUGACGUGGAUUUUUCUGUCCGAAAUCGUGAAAAAUUGAACCUAGUUUGUUUUCUCGCUAAAAAUCAUAGGAUUGCUCAUAUUAAUCAUGAAAAAGCCAAAUUUUCGCCCCAAAAUUGCCCUCUUCUCCUCGAGAACUACACAGAGACACGAACCAAUCUAAUUUAUUGUUUUUUUCCUCCAGUCGCCCUCAAAUUUCCUUCCGAUGAGGUGGAAAAAAACAUGAAAAAGAUUCAAUGAAUAGAUUAUUGUUGUUGGUUUUUUUUGCUUUGCUUAGUUGACCGAUAAAAUCUUCAAAAGAAUUAGGCGCACGAAAAGAGGGCAGCGACAAAGUUUGGAGAUUUUUUUUUUUGGAAAUCUCUUGGUGGCUGUAAAGUGAUCCCCUCAGCACACCUUUUGUCAAUCAAAAGAGAUGAAAUUUGACACCACGCAAAGUGUCAAAAAAACUGGGAGGGGAAUAUCUUCUCAUCUUUUUGGAGGAAGAUUUUUUGGCAGCUUUUAUGUAAAUAUUGAAGAGGGGUCACUUAUUACGGUUAAAAACAGUAGAAAUCAGGGGUUUUAAGCCUAGGAAGCUUGUAAGGGACAAUUUAAGAGGUUUUGAGCGGAAAAGGUGACCCCCCUAACUUUCUGAAAUCAGGGGGGGGUCACUUUCUGCUAAAAUAUUGAUUUUUCAUGGUUUGGACUUGGGAAAUUGUGGAAUUUACAGUCGGAAACGGUAGAAACUGGGAUUUUUGACCAUGGAAGGUUGUUUUGCCCAAAUUUCGCCCAAAACCAAAAAUUCCUUUGCUUCUUCUUCUAUCUAUACACACAAAAAGCACUCAAUUAUUCAUUAGAAUGAGAUGGGAAAAGAAAGUUUUCACAUAUUUUCGUUUUUUGGAAGACACAGAAGAGAAGUGAGGGGGGAUUAGUGCAUAGAGCAUAUACUUGAGCUCUUUUUCGGACAUUGCGCGAAAGAAAAAGUGGAGGGGGUUGUUUUUGGAGGAAAAUCUGGGGAAUUUAAAGGCGCAGGGAGUUUUUCUGGGAUUUUUUUGGCCAAUAAUCACAUUAGAAAGACUGUCUAGGGUAAAUUUCCGUCAUUUUUUGGUCAUGUGUACUUCUCGCGGACAAAACAUUAAAAGGAACAUACAGUAACCCCAGCUUUUUCCAGAAGUCCUAUUCGAUUUGGCCAAAACGACAGGAGAAUUGCAUUUUGAACAAGUUUCAUUGCGUCACGAACGAGAAGAUGUGGUAAGUCACUUUUUUAACCCCAAAAAAAAACCAAUUUGCACUAAAAGUGUGUCCGAAACUCGAUUUUUCGUCCAUUUUCAACAGAAAAAUUGGAUUUUUUCGAAAGGAUAUGUAUAUAUACAUAUGUAUAUACACAAACAAGUCAUCAAGCUUCGGCUUUUUUUGGCCUCAUCAAAAAAAGCGGCGGAAAAGUUUUCGGCUCUCCUUUUUUGGGCAGAGAGAGGAGAAACAAGAUGUUAGUCACCAUCGAGAAAUUCCCAUGGGUCAAUUUUUGGCCAUUUCUAUUCAUCUCAAUUUUUUGUUGUUGUAGUACUAUGUUGUUAUAACAAGCAGAAAAGGAAAAACACAUAGUAUAGGGCAAAAUUUUGGGACCCUUGAGUUACAGGAAGUCUUGAGCGGGGCUUAUUGGAAUUUCUGGAAAUUAAAUGCUUCUGAAGCCCAAAUUCCGAGUUUUUUCACGAUUUUCUUAGUCAGAAGCUUGGAAAGUACACAAUUUUGGUCCUUAGGACAGUUUUCACCCAAUUUUCAGCUUCUAGAGCCCAAAAUUCAAAUUUUUCACAAUUUUUAACCACCAGAAAGAAAUAGGUUUCAAAAUUUUGGUAUAAUUUUGCAACAUUUUUGAUAACUUAGUUAUUUUGUGCAAAAUUGAAUCAAAAAAUUUGGCAAAUCCCAUUCUGACUACUGUAUUUUUUGCCGAACGCUACGAGACCUUAUUCCCGCCACCCCAAAAAGGUGUUAAAAGCGUGCCUGCGUGCUGACCUUGAUAAUCUACUACUCCUAUAUCCUCUUGUUGCCCCCGCGCGCGCAAAAAUCCAUUAAACAAAUAAUAAUAUGUAAUUUUUCGCAUCUUCUAUCCGGUCAUGUGUAAAAAUCAACCUCCCCCCCCCCUUGAAAAAGGAACAUUGGGGGGGGGGGGACCCUUCAAAAAUAACAUAGACCUAUAAUUACCCAUCUAACAGGUGUGUGUAUUUGGAAUUGGAUUUGAAACAUUGAAACAACAAGGGCUUUUCAUGCAUAAAACAUUUUUGUGUGUGUUGACAAAUUGGAUAAGCUUGGGAUUUGGGUGUUGCUCAGAUUAACAAGUGACCCCUUGAGAACUGGGUGGUAGUAUGAAGAGAAAAUUGGGAUGUUUUGACCCAAAAGGUUUAAAAUAGGUCUGGCCAAAAUGUUACCAAAUUUCGGGUUCCCGGCUAUUUGUGGUCCAAAUUUUUGUGUUAAAAUUCCGUUCACGCUCAUCUAUCUCACUUCCAAACCCACUAACAUCAUAUAAAUAUACAUAUACACAUGUUUAAUUCGAUUUCCCCCGCUCUCCUUCCAUCUCCUGUGGUCAAAUUAAAUGACCACACCAAAAUAAUCCCAUUAGUCGUCGUGUCGCCUCUUCUUAGGCUUGUUGUGAAAGGCGGUGUGCGAAAAAAGUGAGAACAACUUCAAUUACUUUAGUGUACAAGUGGCUCAAAAUUGAGCCCUUCUCCUUGACAUAUGAUGGAAAAAUUGGGAUUCUUUGAGUAAAACUGGAUUCCUGGCUGAAAAUACAGUCCCAUAUUUAAAAGAAGGCUCUUGGCUGGCACCAUACGGUAUUACGGUCAAGAGGAGGAGUUGCGCAAUAUCGUAAUUGAUAUUUUGAGAGGACUUCUUCAAAAAUCAGUGACCCAGCUUGAAUUUAAGGGGCUAUAGGGGGUUGGAAAAAUUGGAAGCCUGUAGUUUUGGUUGAGCCUAAGCCUAACUUUUUAACUAAGCCUAACGUUCCGGCUAAGCCUAAGUGCUAGACUCUCAAUUCCCACGAGAAACACAGUAUCUCCUUAUAAAAGGGUGUGAAAAAUGUAUUUGUGUGUAUCUAGAUCACCAAAUAUUUGCCUUGCCAUUGUUUUAUCGUAUGUAUAUGCAGAUUUGUUUUUCUUCUUCCCUAUUCAUAGAAUAUGUUAUAUUUACUUGGUGCCUUCACCAUUUGACACCCACUUUGCACAUAUUAUAUUCCAAGAACAAUAGGUUGGGGAAUAUAGAUACAGUAGUUAAGAUAUAGAUCUAUAUCUAUAUGGGGCACUUUUCCAGAUUUUCUGGCUAAAAACUUGGGCAGACGGCAGGCAGGAAACGGGUUUUUGAGUGAGUGAAGUGAAAUGAUUAUUAUUAUUAUUAUGAUUUUUAUUAUUAUAGCGUACGGAAGGCAGAAUGUGAAAAAAAAAGUGGAUGUGUUUGUAUGCAUCGCUGAAUUAUUAGUAGUUUUAUGCGUUUUGUUCUGGAGGGGGAGAGAUUUGACAAGUUUUGGGGAUUUCGGAGGGAAAAAUUGGAAUUUUCAGCGAAUUUUAGCCUGGGACAAGGUUCUGGUAGAUUUUGGGAUGAAAACGAGGGAAAAGGUGACCCCCCUGGAUUUUUUAAAAGGGGGGGGGGGUCACUGAAAUUUCAAAAUUUUACUAAAAAUAGCAGGUUUGGUAUGAAAAUGCUCCAAAUCCCCUCUGAAUCUCAAAAAUAAGCAUAAAAUUAUGUGUUGGAGCUUUCUAGAACCAAAAAUGAUAGAAAAAUCGAGUUUUUUCACAAAAAUAGCAUAUUUGGUAUGAAAAUGCUCCAAAUCCCACGAAAAUUUCUAAAUUUCAGGCUCUGAAACUGCUCAGCACGAAAAUUGAGAAAAAGGUGACCCCCCUAAUUUUUUUUGCUCAGGGGGGGCACCGAAAUUUUAAAAUUUAACUGAAAAAUAAUAAAUUUGGAAUCAAAAUGCUCCAAAAGGCUUCUAGAUCUCAAAAAAGACUGAAAAAUCGAGUUUUUUGGACGAAAAAGCAUAUAAUCCUCUCAAAACUCUUAAAAUUCCGAAAAUCUAUCAAAUUUUGUUUUAGUGGAUGGAAGAAACUUGGCGCAACCCGCUGGCUUCUCCCGACGAUAAACACGUAAAUCAACGCGCGUUCGUCACCUGCAACUAUGAUAUGAUCAACCCGUCAAAUUGGCUUUUCACCCAUUUUAUUGGUGUCAAAUCCGCGCGAAGAUUAUACUUGGAACUCUUGUUCAAUACCAGAGAUUGUGAUCAAUACACAAAUCCAAAAUCGUGCAAAGAGACGUUUUCGGUUUAUAUGAAACAGUAUAAAAGUGGCAGUGCGAAAAGCCAGGAGGACAAAAUCGAUCGAGAGACUUUUAAUGCCGAAGGAAUGGAUUGGUAAGGGUUUUGGGCUGGAAAUUUUGGAUUUCUGAGGUUUUGGAGCUGAAAAUGAGAUUCUGGAGUGAAAAUUUGAAUUUUAGCGCUUAAAAUGAGUCCGAGAUCAAGAUUUUUGGAUAAAUUUGAAUUUUCAUGGUUUCGGCUCCGAAAAUGAGAUCAAAAACGGAAUUUUUACAAAAUUUUGAAUUUUUCCUUGCCACGUGGCAUUUUUCGUUCAAAAAUUCAAAAUUUUCAAUAUUUCUACAUGCCACGUGGCAUUAUUCGUUCAAAAAUUCAACAUUUUCAACAUUUCUACAUGCCACGUGGCAUAUUUUAUACCAAAAUCCCCCAAUUUUGCUCCAAAAUGCUCAUUUUUGGCCCUCAAAACAGCCCCAACCCUCAAAUUUCAUGAAAAAUUCAAAAUUUGCAGGCAAAACAUUGGUCGACUUGCACGAAGUAACCUAAAUAUGACCACCGAAACUCUCGCCAUCGCCCUGGACCCAAAAACCAAAAAUGUCCGUUUCGCCUUCGAGGAACAAGGAAUUUGCCUGUCACUGCUGAAUAUCAAGGUAAUUUUUGAGGGGGGGGGGGUCCCGCCACGAAGAGUACUGUAGAAUUAUGUUAUUAUAGGAUUAGGGAUGGUUGUUAUUGUUGUUAUUAUUAUUAGUAAUGACGACCUUGUCAUUGCUAAUUAUAAUUUUUGGAUUAAUUAGUGGUUUAGGGGACCUUUAAAAAUCCAGAGUACUGUAGAUUUUUUUUGUCGCCCAAAAAAAACACUUGAUCCAUUUACGGAUUCACACUUUUUUCGAAGAUGAUCCACUCACUGGGCAAACAAUUGCACUUGAGCAAUAUAGAUAGCAUUUCAAGAGUGUUUUUUACACGCCCUACCACACACUUAAUAAUGACCAAAAGUGGAACGGAUUUAGUGGAAAAAUGGUAGGGAAAGUGGUAGGGACCAGGGGGAAUUGAACCCAGGGUGAAAUUUGCGAUUUUUUGAGUUAGCGCUCAUGGGGGAUCGAACCAGGAAGGCUAACUUGAUAGCUAGAACUUUAACCAGCUGAGCUAUUUGAAACACUUGUAAUCAAAAAAUGUUCGCGCUCAGCCGGGAACGAACCCUUUACCUAUAACUCUAUAGCACAGCAGCUGGGAGGUUUAAGAACGGUUGAUUAACGGUUUAUAAACCAACUUUAAUGAAAUUUAAUCAACGAAGUACCAAUAUUUAAUCCACGGUUGAUCCCCGUUGAUUAACCGUGGAUUAAAUCAUGAAAAUUUUCAAAAUUUUUGAAAAUACUUAACACCCAAAAAAGUAGCCGGGAACCUAUUUUCAUCGAUUUGGGUAAUUUUCAAAAUUUAAAAAUUGGUUAAUCCUCGGUUCAUUAACGGUGGGUUAAGCGUUGGUACUCCGUUGAUUAAAAGCAGUUUUUAUCAACCGUUAAUCAACUGUUUUUAAACUUCCCAGCUACAGUGUAGAUAGAGCUUUAACCAGCUGAGCUAUACGAAAAAAAUAUUCGCGAUAAGUCGGGCUCGAACUUUUGACCUAUAACUCCACAUCUUGUUCUCUAACCACCCGAGCUACCUCUGCACCAAAUUUCCCGGAUUUUUUUGGUUCUGCAAAAGUUCUUGAAAAGUAGCAUUGCGUGUUCAAUUGCAAAAAUUUUAAUAACACAUUUUUUCGAGGAGGUGCGAUUAGUUUUUCUCAAGAGGUGCGCGCGAGAAAAAGUUGUUGAAGUGGGUCGCCAAAAAUCUUUUUUUUUGUUUUUUGUUUUUUCCCGAGACAAAAUGACCAGGGGCUAGUUUUUGCCUGAAAAAAACUUUUUUUUGGCCAGAAAAACAGAGAGUUAUGGUAACUAGAUGACCCUGGACACAGAAUUGCGCAAUCGCAAAUUUUCCGGUUUUUUUCUGGCAGCAGGAAAUGUGUGUAUAAUAUUACAUAUCGAACAAUAACAUUGCUCAAUAUUUGAUUGACAAGUUGGGCUAAGUUCUGGCAGUCAGGCAGGAAGGAAACAGAAGGCACCUGUUGUUUAUCUUGUCACCUUUGCAUUAAUACAUACAAAUUGGGGUGGACACGUGGAAUUUGAGGGGGGGUUUCUGCGCGGAAACUGGGGGAUUUUCAGCCGGAAUUUGAAAUUUUCAAAAUUUAAAUCUAGGCUCACUUUGUAGCGAAUUUCAAGAGCUCCGAAAUGAGCCUAAAUUCAAAUUUUGAAAAUUUCGGAGCUUCUCAGUUUUGACCCGGAUUUUCAGCCGGAAUCUGAAAUUUUCAAAUUUAAAUCUAGGCUCAUUUUGUAGAGAAUUUCAAGAGCUGCAAAAUGAGCCUAAAUUUGAAUUUUGAAAAUGUCAGAGCUUUUCAGUUUUGACCCGGAUUUCCAGCCGGAGUCUGAAAUUUUCGAAAUUUAAUUCUAGGUUCAUUUUGGAGAGAAUUUCAAGAGCUUCAAAAUGAGCCCGAAUUUGAAUUUUGAAAAUUUCAGAUUCUGGCUGAAAAUCAGGGCUCAAAAGAUGCUCGAAAUGUGUUUUUACCGUUUUUAGCUCUCGGACCUUCUAAAUCACGAUUUUUUGAAAUUUUCCAAGUUAGCCAAGUAGAUUUUGCGAAAAAUCCCGAUUUUCUAGCUCAAAAACUAGGUUAGCCGAACUUUUUUGAAGGAUUUUGUGACCCCUGACUAAAAAUGACGAAAAAACGGUAUUUUGUGUUCAAAAAACCCAUUAACCUCUCCUUUGGGGUUCUCAAAUUUCAGCCUAACACUCUGUAAUUAUGACCCCCCCCAUCCUUUUUAGUACCUAAUUUAGCCCAACUCUUCAAGGUCGCACUUUUUAUGAUGCACUUUUUUGAAAAUGUAUCAUAUAAUAAUAAUAUUAGAAGAAAACUCGUUUUGUUCCGGAGAGCGCGGUUCUCUUUGAACUCUUCAAAGAGUUUUUGAAGCGGGGCACCACACCAGGUGUUGGAUGAUAUUUUCUUUUUCAUCUUCACAUAUGUGUGUGUGGUGACUGGCUGGCGAUUAUGUAUUUGUGACAAAUUUUAAUGGGUUUUCGGAGAGAUGAGGUUUUAUGACAUUGUUUUGGUGUGAAGGGGGGCGAUUUUUGGAGUUAUCUAGAUUUUUUGGGGGGGGGGGAAGUCGGGGGGCCCACCUUAGGGGGGUUACAAGACGAAAUUUGGGAACUCAAAGGGAAUUGGCUAAGCCUAUGACUUUAACUAAGCCUAAGCCUAAGGUAUUGGCUAAGCCUAAGCCUAUAUGACUUUAACUAAGCCUAAGGUAUUGGUUAAGCCUAACACUUUUGUUAAGCCUAAGCCUAUGACUUUAACUAAGCCUAAGGUAUUGACUAAGCCUAACACUUUUGUUGAGCCUAAGCCUAUAUGACUUUAACUAAGCCUAAGGUAUUGGCUAAGCCUAACAUUUUCGCUAUGGAUAAGUCUAAAAAGGCGUCCUCCUGUAAAAUGUUAAAAUUUUUGGUCAGGGUCACUAAUUCUUUUUAAAAAAGUUAGCUUAACUCAUUUUUGAGCAACUUUCCCAGCUAUUUUCGAAAUUUCUCCAUUUUCCCACCACCACAACAAUACACAAAACUAAUUUAUGUAACUUUUUGUCGAACACGGUGUUUGGAUUUGACCUCGAACAUUCCAUUUUUGCCUCUCACUGGGAAGCGAAAUUUAUGCAAAAAACGGUACGCAAAACACAUUCAAAACUGUCUCGCGUCAUGUUGCAAUUUAAUUGCAUUUUUUGGGGCAGGAAUAAGGUCGAGAUUGGGAAAAUAAGCGAAAUUCGACAGGGGGACUGAUUUUUAGUCAGAAAUUUGGAGAAAAUCAGAAAAUAGGGACAAAAUUGGACAAAAACAGCCAUUUUACACUAUUUACAGUAAAAAUUGUACAAAAACAGCGUAUUUCACCCAAUUUCCAACAAAAUUGUACAAAAACAGCACAUUUCACACAAUUUUCAACAAAAUUGUACAAAAACAGCAUAUUUUUCACCAAAAACCCAAAUUUUCAGGUCUACUACAAGGUUUGCGACGAAUUUUCGGAUGGUUUGGUCCAUUUCAGCCCGCAUGUUACCGGGCCCAAAGAAUCGGAUAUAAUUGAGAUGAAUGGGACGUGUAUUGAAAAUGCGUCGAGGAAAUUUCAAGGAGGUGCGUUUUUUCGUGAAAAUUUGGCGAAAAUCACGAUUUUUUGACCCUAAAUCACGAUUUUCGGCCUUAGAAACCCCCUAAAAUCGAAAUUUUCAGUCGAACUCCGCGGUUUAUGCAUGCCAACUGGACAAGCCAUGAAAACAUCAGGCGAAUGUGAAUGUGACGCGGGAUUUUCGCGAAAUUCCGAUGAAAAAUGUGAAAGUAGGUUUAUUUUUUGCACCCCCUGGGGACCCUUAGUUCGCCUAACUUGACAGAUGGGAUUUUCCUUGAAAAUCCCAUUAUUCGAAAAAAUCACAUUAGAUUAUCAUUUUUGGCCACCUGCCAAAACAGCAGCUCUAAAACAAUGGUUUUAAUAUUAAUACAUAUAUGACCCCCCCCCUGUAAUUUUAUGACCUAAUAUGAGCAAUACCGCCAAAAAGCACUAGGAAUAUGGUGUGCCGCCGAGCCCUUUAAUUAUCAAAUUAGAGCGAGGGGGAUAAUUUGGGCCGUGCACUUUCCGGUUUUUUGACACCUUUUAGUCUGGUGGGGUAAUUGGAGGAAAAUAUGGGGAUUUUUAACGGUUUUGGAUGGAAAAAUUGGUUUUCUGAUGAUAUUUUUGGGCUCAGGGGGACCUUUUUGGCUCAGGAGAGCCUAUUUUACAGGGGGGUCUACUUUUUCGUAAAAUAUGGAAAAAUAGCUUCCCCGGGAUGGAAGUUUGUCAAAAAUUGGGGAUUUUGACGAAUUUUCAGCUAGAAAUUGAUUUUUAGGUUCAGAAGCCACUUUUAGCAGAAAAUUCUUCAAAAAUUCAAGUUUUCGAUGGAUUUUCAGCUAGAAAUCGUAUUUUCAGACCCAGAAGCCUCUUCUAGCUGAAAAUUCAUCAAAAAUUCAAGAUUUUUGAUGAAUUUCUAGCUCUGGAGCCUUCCGAAACCUCCCAAAAUUUAUAUUUUCGAAAUUCACUUCAAAAAAGGUCACCCACUAAACAAACACCGUGCUUCCGUAUCAUAAAAUUCAAAUUAGCACCUGUAAAAAGGCAGGGAACCUUUUGUGCGUUUGGGUGUGUAUGGUGACACCUGGUCUCGGGGGCCUCUUGACUCUUUUUGUGUAUGUUUUUAUAUCCAUCCUCCUCAACAUGCCGUGCGCUUUCGAAAACAAAAGGAAAAGGGGCAAUUCAAAUGAAACCAUAAUUUUAUGGGGUCACGAGAUGAGACAGGGAGGAAUCGGCUUUUUUUUGAAAUUGAAAGCUAUGAGGAUGCGAUUUUGGGCUGGAAAUUGGCUUUGGAUUGAGAUAUAAGUCGAAAAAUUGGGUUUUUCGUGAAAUUUUGGGUCAAAAACCUUAAACUUACUAGAAACUUAGGCCUUAGUUCGAAAUUCCAGGGUUCUCAACCCCAAAAUUUGAUGAAAUACCCAAUUUUUCGACCUAUAUCUCAAGCCCAAGCCUAUUUUUUUCCAAAAAAAGAUGGGCCUAUCAAAUUUCUCAAUAUUUACCCAAAACCCAUCCAUUUUUCACCGCUCUUACCGCCAAAAAAGCAGGUGAGCCAAUACAAACACAUAUUUACGUUUACUGACACCCCCAAGGUCGCUCCCCAAAAGAUCUAAAUCUCGAAAGCCCCCCAAAGAGUUAUCGUAACUUUCAAUCAAAUUAGGUCCUUUUACCUUUCCCCGCGAAAAAUUGGAAGAGGUUCAUCAAUCAAAGUUUGGCUUACUUCAUAGAUUUUCGGGUUUCCCCCUCCAGAACAUCUGUCAAUUUUCAUGACAUAAGAAAAUUGAGAGGGGGGUUUGAAUAUUGAUGAGUUGAAAUUGGAUUAAUUUAUGAUGUUCUUGGGAAAAGUGGACCAAUUUUUUUUUGAAAAAUAGGCCCCCUGGGCUGAAAUUUAGCUGAAAAUUGGGUUCCCCUUCAAAAGUUUGCCCGUUUUUAGGUCAAAACUAUAAUUUACUACGAUCAAAUCACAUUAUCUCAAAAACCAAAACUUUUGUUCGUCUCAUCGUAUUCACGCGAUUACGCAACUGCGCUCAUCCUUAUCACAUUUCGCCUUUUGAUAAUAGACCGCAAUUUGCGCAAUUCCUUUUAUUUAUUAUGAUUAGAAGACAAAAACUAUAUGGAGACAAAUUAUUAUCUGAUUUGAUCGUGGUAAAUUAUAGUUUUGACCUGAAUAUGGGGAACUUUUAGGAAUUCGAAGCGAAAAAUGCCUGUAAAAUCAGUAUUUUAUUGAGAUUUACUGAUUUUUGAGCUCUGAAUCCUGAAAUUGGCUUCAAAGCCUCAAAAAUUCACUACUCACUAUUUCCCUGAAAAAUAGGUGGAAAAUCGCAGAUUUGACAAGAAAAAUCACGAUUUUUACGAAAAAUGAAUCGAAAAUCACAAAUUUAGCAAGAAAAAUCACGAUUUUCAUGAAAAAUUGACCUAAAAACCUUCAAAAUUCAUUUUUUCGUGGGAUUUUCCACCAGAAACCAUUGAUUUUCAUCAUUUUCCAUCAUUUUCAUCCCCUGCAAUGUGAAUUUCAUCAAAAACUGCCCCAGAAGCCCAAAAAUCCCGAUUUUAGGCCCGAUCCCCCGUAAAAAUACACAGAGCCGUUUAAAGGCGCAGCAGCGAUAUCUCGCAGCGAAGAGACGUUUUUUUUUCAUUUCGAAAAAAAAAAUUGGUUUUUUUCGGGGUUUUUUGGGUGAAAAUUGUUGAAAAUCGGCCGUUUUUGGCUGGAAAAAAAUAAAAUUGAGCUAAAAUUUCGAAAUUUUUGGGUGAAAAUGGCUGGAAAAGAUUAAAUUGAGCUAAAAUUUCGAAAUUUUUGGGUAAAAAUUGUUGAAAAUCGGCCGUUUUUGGCUGGAAAAAAAUAAAAUUGAGCUAAAAUUUCAAAUUUUCAGCAUGUCCACCCAACACCUUCCGCGAGAAAGAUGCCGCACGUCCGGAAUGUCAAGCGUGUCCGGAAAAUUCAUUCUCCAAACAAGGCGCGGAAUCCUGUCGCUGCCGCAACGGAUUUUUCCGCGCGGACGACGAGCCCAACACCGCACCAUGCUCACAACCACCAUCGAAACCUGUCAAACUUGCCGCGUCCGCAGUUUCCGCGAGCUCCGCGCGCAUUUCCUGGGAUGAGCCGGCGAGUCUCGGAGGCCGUGCCGAAGUUUGGUAUGAGGUUCAGUGUCGAGGAGAUUGUUCUGCUGUUCAGAUGACGCCACCUGGAGAUUCGAAACUUUCUGGAAGAUAUGUUCAGAUUAAUGGGCUCAAAGCCUCGCAGGAUUAUACUUUUUUGGUUUUUGCGAAGAACCGCGUGUCUGCGAAAUCAGCGGACCCCCUGGGGAAGAAUGCCGUGAUUGACAUUCGUACCAAAACCGAAGAAGAAGAUGUGGCCCCCGUUGCUCAUCUUAGAAUCGAUGCCGCGCAAGCCGACGCAAUUACCAUAAGCUGGAGCGUGUCUGACGCAAGCUUUCAGGAAUUUGAGGUGGAAGUUAGGCCAAGUCUAAAGGCCGCACGGGCUUUUGAGACCCGUUCUGUUAACACAACUUAUACCACUUUUUCGGGAUUGAAAGAUGAAAAUACUUAUACAUUUCGUGUACGAGUAAAAGAUGAUUUGAGAUGGAGUGAAAGUAUUGCCUAUCAAAAUGGCCGGGGAAUUGUCCAAGUGAAUUCGAGCCGGGAUUUAGCAGGUGCGCAGGAUUUUUUGGAUAAUGCCGGAAGUGCGUUGCUCAUGGUAAUCGCUGGAAUUCUGGUGGUUAUCGCCAUUGCGCUUUGUAUGAUUCUGAUGCAGAAACGCACGAAGAAUCGGAAGCAGAUGAGCGAUUUGGAUGUGUUGGAUACGUAUAAACAGGGUUGGUUUUUUUUUUGGGGGGGAAAUCUGAAAAUUUCAGCUUUUUUGGCGAAAAUCUGAAAUUUCUAGCCUUCAGGAGAGAAAAUCUAGUAAUUUAUGAGAAAUUUCAAAAGUUUUUCUAUUAUUGAAAAAAAAUUCUGAAAAUUUAUGGUUUUUCACUAGGAGAUCAGCAUUUUUGACCAGAAAACCUGAAACUUUGAGUUUUGGCGCGAAAAUUUGAAUUUUCUCGCUAAUAUGAGCAAUUUUUGAAUUUCGAGCUGAAAAUCAAAUUUUUGAGUCUAAUAUGAGCAAUCCUAUGAAUUUAGAUGAAAAAUUGAAGAAAAUUUCUAAUUUUGAGUUUAGCAUGAGCAAUCCUAUUGAUUUAGGUGAAAAAUUGAAAAAAAAUCUUGAAAUUUUCAGUUUUUACUCUUGAAAAUCGAAUUUUCAAGCUUAAUAUGAGCAAUCCUAUGAAUUUAGGUGAAAAAUUGAAGAAAAUCUCGAAUUUUGAGAUUAAUAUGAGCAAUUCUAUGAAUUUUGAGCUGAAAAUCUUGAAAUUUUCAGUUUUUACUCUUGAAAAUCUGAUUUUUUGCCAUUUUUAACCAAAAAACCCGAAAUUUCGAUGAUUUUUGAAUUUUCUAGCUAAUAUGAGCAAUUCUAUGAAUUUUGAGCUGAAAAACUUGCCGUUACCCGAAUUUUCGACCUGAAAAUCGAAUUUUUGAGAUUAAUAUGAGCAAUUUGAAGAAAAUCUAGAGUUUUUAUAUCAAAAUUGGUAUGAGCAAUCCUUUACGCUGUUUUUGGCUAGAAAUUGUUCAAUUUUGAGUUUAAUAUGAGCAAUCCUAUAAUUUUCACACAAAAAUCUUCACUUUAUCACCCGAAAUUUCUUUGCCACGUCAUAGCUCGAUUUUUCCGCGAAAUUUGGAAUUUUCUCAUUAACAUGAGCAAUCAUUCCAUUUUACCGACAAAAAUCUGUUUUUCUAUCAAAUUUUUGGGCAAAAAAUCCAAUUUUAAGCCUAAUAUGAGCAAUAGCUUGAUUUUUUAGCGCGAAAAUUUGAAAUUUGAUAUUUUUCUAGCUUUUUCUGCUUUUUCAUAACUCCCUUUAGCUUUGUUUGUUUUUUUUCUUGUGAUUGUUUGUGCCAAAAAUUAUUUUCCCCUUAGAAAUUUUAGGUUUUAGGCACCAAAAAGUCCACCAUCCUCCACCAUUUCGAAUUCUUUUGCAGAUUCAAUGACACCCGAUUAUCACACCACAUCCCGUCACCAUAAUAGCCAUAAUCACCAAAUGAUGCACCAUCAUCAAAUGUCAGUAGCUGCAAAUAAUUCGAAUUCACCAAAUGAUGCUCAGAGAGCUGCGAAAAGUAGGUUUUUUCUUUGGUUUGGAGCAUUUUUUGUUGUGAAGUGAUAUUUUUUGAGUGGCUGCGCAUUUUGGGGGAAAAAUGGGGAUUUUUUGAAUAUUUUUAUGAAAAAUUUGGUAAAUUUAAUGGAAAACUACACGAAUUUGCGAUUUUCUGAAUAUUUUCAUUUGAAAAUUGAAAUUUUCAGUGUUUUCUCAUGAAAAUGGCUGAAAAUUGCGAUUUUUCGAUGUUUUUACAUGAAAAUUACUGAAAAAUUGAAAUUUUCUGAAGGUUUCUGUCUGAAAAUCCUAAAAAUUUAGAGUUUUUGAUCAAAUCUGAUGAAAAUUGUGAUUUUUUAAAUAUUUUUGUAUGAAAAACAUGAAAUUACUGAAAAAUUGAAAUUUUCACCAAAAAUCAAUAUAAUAUUGCCACGUGGGUUUUAUUGAAAAUUUCAAAAAAAAAUUACGAUUUUUGAUGUUUUUCCUAUGAAAAAUGAUGAAAAAUAGGAUUUUUUCAAUAUUUUUGUCCAAAAAUUGCAAGUUUUCAAGUUUUUCUGAUGAAAAAUGAUGAAAAAUAGGAUUUUUUCAAUAUUUUUGUCCAAAAAUUGCAAGUUUUCAAGUUUUUCUGAUGAAAAAUGAUGAAAAAUAGGAUUUUUUCAAUAUUUUUUUUCAAAAAUUGCUAAAAAAUUGAGAUUUUUCAGUGAAUGCUCCACUAAUUCCAUUUGGCUCACCGAUUUCUCAACCACCACCGUAUUAUGGAGGAUGUCAGACGACUUCUGGCAAAUAUAAGACCUAUGUGGACCCGACGACUUAUGAAGAUCCGUAUCAGGUAAAAUUUUGAUCUGAAAUUUGGAAAAAUCGUGAAAAAUAAUGGAUUUUGAUCUCAGAAUUGAGAAAAUUGAUGGAUUUUGAGCUGAAAACGUGAAAAUCUGGAAUUUCUAACUGAAAAUUGAAAAUUUUGAUGAUAUUGCUCAUAUUAAACUCAUAAAAAUCCCCCUUAAAAAGCUGAAAUUUGAGCAAGGCUGGAAUUUUUGUUAAUAUGAGCAAUAUUUGAGAAAUUUCCAAAACCAUUGCUCAUUUUAAGAUGAAAAAUCGAUUUUUGCUAGAAAGCUGACAAAAUUCAGCCUUUUUUGAAGCCUAGAAUUAAUUUUAGGCUUAAAUUUUAGAAUUAGGACAUUUUUAGGCCGAAAAUUGAAAGAAUUGCUCAUGUUAAGUUGAAAAUCCGUUUUUUGCUCCGAAAAUUGAAACCAUGGACCAAAUUUUGACUAAAAAUUGAAGUUUCGGCUUCAAAAUUUCAAACAUUGCUCAUGUUAGCCAUUUUCAGGCUGAAAUUCUUUGAAAAAUAGAAAUUAGGCUAACUCGAAUCUGAAAAUUAGCCAAAACUCACCAAAAAUUAAUUACAUUGCUCAUAUUAUACGAAAAUUUUGAAAUUUGAUCAAUUACAGACCAAAAAUUCAUUUUUUCCCGCCAAAAUUGAAAGCAUUGCUCAUGUUAAGUUGAAAAUUUGGUUUUUUCUCCAAAAUUUAAAACCUAGCACUCUCAUAGCCCAAAUUUUGCCUGAAAAUUCAAAUUUCCCGCCAAAAUUGAAAGCAUUGCUCAUGUUAGCCAUUUUCAGGCUGAAAUUCUUUGAAAAAUAGAAAUUAGGCUAACUCGAAUCUGAAAAUUAGCCAAAACUCACCAAAAAUUAAUUACAUUGCUCAUAUUAUACGAAAAUUUUGAAAUUUGAUCAAUUACAGACCAAAAAUUCAUUUUUCCCGCCAAAAUUGAAAGCAUUGCUCAUGUUAAGUUGAAAAUUUGGUUUUUUCUCCAAAAUUUAAAACCUAGCGCUCUCAUAGCCCAAAUUUUGCCUGAAAAUUCAAAUUUCCCGCCAAAAUUGAAAGCAUUGCUCAUGUUAGCCAUUUUCAGGCUGAAAUUCGUUAAAAAAUAAAAAAUUAGGCUAACUUGAAGUCAAAAAUCAAAAAUUAAUUACAUUGCUCAUAUAGACUUAAAUUUCAAAAAUAGCUCAUUUUCAGGCCAAAAAUUCAUUUUUCCUUCAAAAAUCCCAAAAAAUAUACCAUUUUCAACCCGAAAAUGCAAAAUUUCCAAAUAAAAGUCAGCCUAACUCCCCAAAAACCCUCUAAUUUCCAGGCUCUCAUCGAAUUCACCUUCGACAUCGACCCUCAAGAUGUUUUCAUCACCCAAGUAAUCGGAGGCGGCGAAUUCGGCGAUGUUUGUUUAGGAGGAUUGGCCAGAACAUCAGCGGCAGCAACUAGGAAAGGAACUUUGAAGUCACCUCAAGAACCAUACGAAACCGUAGCGAUUAAGACCCUGAAAUCGGGCUCGACACCAAAAGCCAAGGCCGAAUUUUUGACGGAGGCCACAAUUAUGGGCCAAUUCUCACAUCCAAAUGUUAUCAGGCUUAUUGGAGUUGUCACUCUGGCUGAACCGGUUAUGAUUGUUGCGGAAUACAUGCAGAAUGGAAGUUUGGAUCAAUUCCUCAGGCAGAUUGACACUAAGGGUGAAAAACUGGCCUGGGAGAAGUUAGCCGAAAUGCUCUAUGGAAUUGCGUCGGGGAUGAAAUAUUUGACAGAUAUGGGAUAUGUUCAUAGAGAUCUAGCUGCUAGGAAUGUUCUAGUUGAUGUUGAGCUCAGGUGUAAGAUUGCGGAUUUUGGACUCUCCAGGGGGAUCAGUGGAAGCGCGGAGCCGGAAUAUACUACCCAGGGUGGCAAGAUUCCGGUACGCUGGACUGCCCCGGAAGCCAUUACCCAUAGGAAAUUCACAGCUGCCUCGGAUGUUUGGUCAUUUGGAGUUGUAAUCUGGGAAGCGCUGAGCUAUGGUGAACGGCCAUAUUGGGAUUGGACGAAUCAGAAGGUGAUAAGUGAAGUUAUGUUGGGAUAUCGGCUUCCGCCACCGAUGGAUGCGCCAAUUGGGAUUUAUCGAAUUGCACAGUGGUGUUGGCGGUUUGAAAGGCAUGAGCGGCCGAGUUUUGCGCAGCUUUUGGCGCAUUUUCAUAAGCUUAUCCUGCAGCCGGGUUUGAUUGAAAGUGAUUUGGGAGAAAUCGGAGGAAAAUCUAGGAGCCAGACGAAUCUUUAUGGAACGAUGAAUUUGCCCAACCCGCCACAACAAGCCGCCCCAAUGCCGAAUUUGGAUGAGUUUUUGAGGUUGGUCUGGGGUUUUGGGAGGGAAAUUUGGAGCAAAAUGGGGCCUGGGAGGGAUUUUUGGACCUAAACUAGGCUCAGAGAGGUUUUUUGAGCAAAAAUUGAGCUCUGGGAGCUUUUUUUGAGCAAAAAUGAGCCCGAGGAGCUUUUUUCUAGUGAUUUUUUGUUAGAAUAAGCUUUAGAUGUGAUUUUUAACGAUUUUUGAGAAAAAAUACCUCCAGGGGCCUUUUUGGACUGAAAAUUGUGGUUUUUUGAGCAAAAAAUGAGCUCUGGAGCCAAUUUCUGGACAUUUUUGAGCAAAAAUAGCCUCAGAUGUGAUUUUUGACAAUUUUUAGCCGAAAAUAGCCUCAGGAAUGAUUUUUCAAGAAUUUUUAGCCAAAUUUGAUCUAGGAAGCUUUUUUUGAGCGAAAAAUUUGGAUUUUGGACCUAAAUUAGGCCCAGGAGCUUUUUUGAACUGAAAAUUGUGAUUUUUGAACCUAAACCAGGCUCAGGAGUGAUUUUUUGACCAAAAUUUGGCUCAGAAACUGAUUUCGGACGGGAAAAAAGGUUUUUUAAGCACAAUUGAGCCCUGGGAGAUUUUUUCUAGUGAUUUUUAGGCUAAAAUAGGCUUAAGAACUUUUUUGAACUGAAAAUUGUGAUUUUUGGACCAAAAUUUGGUUCAGGAAUGAUUUCUGUGUAAAAAUUGAGCCCAGGAGCCAAUUUCCAGCUAUUUUUUAGCAAAAAUAGCCUCAGAUGUGAUUUUUGAGCAAAAUUAUGCUCAGAAAGCGAUUUUGGGUGAAAAAUUGAGCCCUGGGACUCAUUUUUGAGCAAAGUUGGCCACAAAAUCAUGUUUUUGAGCUACAGUACUCCAAACUGCAAAAAAAUCACGACUUUUUGCAGUUCGGAUUACUGUAGCUGCAAAUUUCAUAACAUUGCUCAUGCUAAACUCAGAAAAUUGCAAAUUUGGGCUCAAAAUGCUCCAAAUUUCAGGGCAUUGCUCAUAUUAGUAAUUUUCAUAGAAAAUUGAGCAUUGCUCAUGUUAAACUCAAAAAAAUCUUAUAUUUUUGCAGACAACUUGGCCUAAAUCACGUCUACGGUCAACUGGUCUCCAACAACAUUCAUACAGUAGCCGAUUUGGCCCAAACCUCUCAUCUGGACCUUUUGGCCUGCGGCCUAAUAUCCCAAGAAUGUUCGCUAAUCCGAGAUGGCCUAAAUGGACGGCCCGGUCCGCCGGCGCGGACAGCUUCCGCGCGGACCAUUUCCGCACGCAGAGAUGAGGGAUUCUUUGUGUAA